AUGGCUGCGCCGAGCCCGGGACCCCACGAGGUCCUCACCUGUUCCCCAGAGACUGGAUGCAAAGCAGUUGUCUCCAGCCGCCGAGGUCUCCUCUGGCGCUUGAGAGACAAGCAGUCACGCCUGGGCCUGUUCGAGAUUGGCCCAGGACACGAGCUCCAUGGAUUGAUGUGUAUGAUGCAAACAGGGCUGUGGGCUGCCACCCAGGUUGCUGUGGACCACCCGCCCGUGGGGCCACUCAGUGAGGAGGAUUUUUCUGAAGUCCUGAUCCAAGUUCAUGAGGGCUUCGAGCUGGGCACCCUGGCAGGCCCGGCCUUCGCCAAGCUGCGCCGCUCCCUUGGCUUGGCUGAGGAGGACUACCAGGCUGCCCUGGGCCCAGAUGGCCCCUAUCUACAGUUCCUCAGCACUUCCAAGAGCAAAGCCAGCUUUUUCCUGUCCCAUGACCAGCGCUUUUUCCUGAAGACCCAGCAGCGCAGGGAGGUGCGGACUCUGCUGGCCCACCUGCCGCGCUACGUGCUGCACCUACAGAGGCACCCGCACUCGCUGCUCGCACGGUUGCUAGGAAUGCACAGCCUUCGAGUAGCCCAGGGGAAGAAGAAAUACUUCAUCAUCAUGCAGAGCGUCUUCUACCCUGCUGGUCGCAUCUCUGAGAGGUAUGACAUCAAAGGCUGUGAGUUGGGCCGCUGGGUGGAGCCAGCCCCCAAGGGCAGCUCCAUCGUCCUGGUGCUAAAAGACCUCAACUUUCAGGGCAAGACCAUCGACCUGGGGCCCCAGCGGACCUGGCUCCUCCGCCAGAUGGAACUGGACACCGCCUUCCUCCAGGAACUCAACGUGCUGGAUUACAGUCUCCUGAUGGCUUUCCAGGGUCUCCAGGAGGACGAGAGGGGCCCCGCCAAAAACCUUCUCUUCCACAUGGCCAGGUCUGUGCAGGGGACACCCAGCCCGGAGGAGCUGUCAUCCCAGAAUUGCCGCCUGCUGCUUGACGUCCCCAACGCCUUACACAUACUAGAUGGGCCUGAGCAACGCUAUUUCCUGGGCCUCGUGGACCUUGCCACGGUCUAUGGGUUCCGCAAGCGGCUGGAGCACUUGUGGAAGACGCUGCGCUACCCGGGUCGGACCUUUUCCACCGUCAGCCCGGCUCACUAUGCCCGCCGCCUCUGCCAGUGGGUGGAGGCGCACACUGAGUGA